AUGAGGUUGGCAUGCCUAUUAAGGUGUAUCUUGGCGACGCGUUUGAUUCCAUGGAUUUUCGGAUCGCCACCACCAUUAGCUCCCGAGAUAUUACAACCUUUAUCCCUUAUAGUACCACCACAUUGCACAAAAACUGCUGUCAUCAAAUCAGUGCUUUCUCAUGCAUCCGGUGAUAAUCUCAUCCGCACUAUACAAAUCAAUAUUCGCAUUGGUCUUCAAAAUACCGCUUGUUUCCGAUUAGAAAAUAACACCAAUGAGAGGGAUUCAUUAUUCAUUGAUGUCCUCAGUGCAAGAAGUCAAGACCAAGGAUGGUUACAUACGUUGACAUUAUCACAACUAGAGCACCAUCAUCCAAUUUCUCAGCAGUACGAAUUUGCAAUCCCAGAAGUAAGAACAUCUUGUAUUUGUGAGUGUGACGCUAAUUCAGAUAUUUGCUCCGCCAGAACAUAUUCUUUUACCCAUUGCGCCUACAGUAAUACUACACAAUCAUUACAAGAAAAUUGUUUUCGAACGUUUCAUCCAAAUCAAGCGGAUACUGGAUGUUUACCUGGCAGUCAGUCCAAGUUAUGCUGCGAGGUAAGUUUCACACCGUACCAAAACAAAUCAUACGUGGCAAUGAAGUUAGAGCAACCAACGACAUUUGUCACCUUCAAAUAUGUUGCAUAUGAUUAUACAGCUGGCCGAUGGAUUGAAAAGGAUAAGAAUACGAUUCGAGUUGAAGUUGAUGGUCAGACACAAUGGCUGUUUUUGGACAGAUGGCGAAGGCUGGAAUUAGGAGUAAGUGCAGGAGGUCGAGCUAGUCAUCAGCUGGAAACUGGAAUGUAUUUUACAGCAAUUAAUCCUAAUGGUGAAAUGGGUGAAUUACGACAACAAAUUAUUAAUGAAAUCAAUGAAAACAAUUUCGAAAAACUGGGAUGGUUUCGUAAAGAUGCAUUGGGACAUUUCACAGUACGAAAUGGGAAGGUUAAAAUACAAAGGAUGCAUUUGGCAAAGGUUGAAAAUUGCAAAGACCAAAAAUCGCAGAGUUUCCUCGAUGCUCAUCAUUAUGUGGAUUACAAUGAUCCUCAGAAUCCGGAACGUUUUGCGCUGGGAGCAGCUGUGGAACGAAUCUAUCCAUGGAUAGGAAGUGCUAGAAUUUCUGAAGGAUCUGGACGUCAUGUUAUGGUGACACAUUCUGAGAGUACCAAUGUAGGAGUUGCUCUACAGCUUCAUGAAGACGCAUACAGUUUGUCGUUCGUGCAUGAUUUUUCUAAAAUGGACGAUUUUUCGGGUACUGUAAUUGUGGAUUUCAAAUCAAACCGUUUCUUUAAUCUGACUGUUUACAAUGCUACCGGUAUUAUACAUGGUACCGUAAAGAAGACAACAGAUAAAAGCAGCUCUGAUGAAUUUCACUUCACAACCUAUAUCGGUGAUAUACGAGGUACCAACAAAACUCUUAUUGUACCCUUGCCCGCACUGAUUGAUGGUGGGGACCGCAUGAUUUGUCUUCAUGCUGAUAGUGAUGGUUCCAGUGGACAAGAAGAAAUCUGUAGAAUAAUUGUAUUCAAAGAAGUUGCUCUCGAGAUUAAUUUGCUGGAAAACACUUGGAAGGAAAUUGAUGGUCAUUGUCCAGAAUGCAAUAAAUUAACUCUGGGAGGUUUUUUAAGCAAUUUCAAUCCUGUGAACUGGGCUAACGAUGUGCCUUCUGCUUUCCAUCGGGUUCAUCAUGUUGCAGCUUUAGUUCACCAAGGUGUAAAUCAAAGAACGCGCAACAUCAUUGAGGUGUAA